GCGGGCGUGCCCCGGAAGCAGUUCUUUAACCUGCUGACACGUAGCAACGGGGCUAGUACAGGGUCCUUAGUUGAGUUUGGGGGGUUACUGGAGGCUGCCGGAGCUGCCGGAGCUACCGCCGCCACCGCCUCCGCAGCCGCCGCCUCCGCAGCCGCCGCCUCCUCCUCCGCUUCCGCCUCCGCCUCCGCGUUUGAUCAUUUGCAAUGUCAGGCUUUGACAACUUAAACACAGAUUUCUACCAGACAAGUUACAGCAUCGAUGACCAAUCACAGCAGUCCUACGAUUAUGGAGGAAGUGGAGGACCUUAUAGCAAACAGUAUGCUGGCUAUGACUACUCGCACCAAGGCCGGUUUGUCCCUCCAGACAUGGUGCAGCCACAACAGCCGUACACCGGGCAGAUUUUCCAGCCAGCUCAGGCGUAUACUCCAACUACGCCUCAGCCAUUAUAUGGAAACAACUUUGAGGAUGAGCCACCUUUAUUAGAAGAAUUAGGUAUCAAUUUUGAUCACAUCUGGCAAAAAACACUCACAGUGUUACACCCAUUAAAAGUAGCAGAUGGCAGCAUCAUGAAUGAGACUGACUUGGCAGGACCAAUGGUUUUUUGCCUUGCUUUUGGAGCCACAUUGUUACUGGCUGGCAAAAUCCAGUUUGGCUAUGUAUAUGGGAUCAGUGCAAUUGGAUGCCUAGGAAUGUUUUGUUUAUUAAACUUAAUGAGUAUGACUGGUGUUUCCUUCGGUUGUGUGGCAAGUGUCCUUGGAUAUUGUCUUCUUCCCAUGAUCCUGCUUUCCAGCUUUGCAGUGAUAUUUUCUUUGCAAGGAAUGGUAGGAAUCAUUCUCACUGCUGGAAUUAUUGGAUGGUGUAGUUUUUCUGCUUCCAAAAUUUUUAUUUCUGCAUUAGCCAUGGAAGGACAGCAACUUCUAGUAGCAUAUCCUUGUGCUUUGCUAUACGGAAUCUUUGCCCUAAUUUCUGUUUUUUGAACUGAAUUUAUCUCGGAUGUGGACAUCAUUGGGCCAAAUAGCAAAAAGGACUUUGAACUCUUAAGUUGGACCAGCAAAGUGCUACAGUACAACUCUCGUGCAGAUCUGAUGUUUGACUCUUGGAGCAAUGGAAGUAAAUACGUAUCUUUUGUUCAUUUUUAUAGAACUUUUGAAUACUAUAUUGGAUUUACCUGCAGUAUGACUAGGUUUAAAUGUUUGUGCUAAUACAAAUAAGAAGUGCUAUUUCUUUCGUGUUCCUGCAGCCUUAGAAAAACAGCUCUUCUCCUUGCUAACAUAAUGUUUUUGAUGGAUUUUUAUCAACUGUGGGAACUAAGACUUAUUGGAGAAAUAUUUUCCAAGGAGUUAGGAAAUAAAAAUUACCUGUAUUCUCAAGUCAGGUGCAGUUGAAGCAAAAAAGUGAUCCCAAUGUAAAGUUUUAUGAGUUUGCACUUCAAAAGUUUGACAGUCCUCUAAAUUAUCUCAUGGAAUUUUAGCUAAAUUCAGCGAUACAAGUAGUUCACAGUCUACCUUAUUGUAGAUGUGAAAUGUGAACAUCUCUUCAGAUACUAGCAUUAACUAAACCACAGUGACCUAGACUCUGCAUUAAUGCUCAUAAUUUGAUCUCCAUGUUUCCCAGGAAAAAGAAAAUCACUAACCUUUUUUGCGAAGAAUAUUUAAAAUGUCACAGUUUCAGUAUUGCAGUUUCAAUGUAAAGUACAUUUGAUGCUUAUUAAUUAAAAUUUUCCCAGUUGA